AUGGAUUACAGUCACCUUAUGCCCAAUUCUCUGAACGGGUCUGUUAAAGACCCCCCAUCAUCUCGAGAUUUCCAGAGCAGGCCACCAACCCCCGCAAUGGGUCCUGUAAUCGCAGACCCUGAUCGCAAACCUCGGAAGCUUGUUCUCUGUUUCGAUGGAACUGGAAAUAAGUUCCACGGAGACGAUAGCGACAGCAACAUUCUCAAGAUCUUUCGAAUGCUGGAUCGCCAAGCAAGUGACCAGUAUCACUACUACCAACCUGGUAUUGGCACCUAUGUCAUCUCUGGGUCGCUCACACAUAGCGGUGUUCGAGCUCGGUUCCGCUCUUGGUACCAGAAAGCCAAAGACUCGGCAGUUGGCUCCUCGUUCGAUCAGCAUGUCGUAGGAGGCUACCGAUUCCUCAUGCGAUUCUAUAACCCUGGCGAUGAGAUUUACAUGUUCGGUUUCAGUCGAGGAGCAUAUAUCGCACGCUUUCUAGCUGAAAUGCUCGACUAUAUCGGACUCUUAUCGCACGGUAAUGAAGAGAUGGUCAAAUUUGCUUGGAAGGCAUUCGCCCAAUGGCAAGGCCGUGAACAAAUCCCAGAAGACGAGGAAGAUUGUGACAAACCGCCAAACAAAGAGACCGAGGCAGCGAAGAAUAAGAGAGACGAAAUGUUCAAGUUCAUGAAAGGUUUCCGAGAGACAUUCUCUCGCCCUGUUGGUCGCAUUCGGUUUCUUGGACUGUUCGAUACCGUCAAUUCGGUACCCAAGUUUGAGACAGCUUGGAUGCAACGCAGCAAGUUUCCGUAUACUGCACGAAGCAGCGCUAGGGUGAUUCGUCAUGCCGUCAGUAUCGAUGAAAGACGAGCCAAGUUUCGCCAAGAUCUUAUGUAUCAAGAUCGGCCAAAGCAAAAGGAGGGUAAACAUCAUCUUCACAAGGCUGUUGACGACAUACGCGAUGACAUACGCGAGGGACUUCACGGGCAUGAAGAGCGAGGAAGAAAGAGCAACAACCUUUCUCCUAAUGAUAAGAGAGGCAGAAAGAAGGGAAAUGCAUUCGCACCUUACCGCCCUCGCUCUAGGUCGUGUCUGAAAACGAGUGGGGGCGAUGCGGAAACCAUGUCAAAUGUCUCCGGUAUCGAACUUUCCGAACUCAACAAUAUCGAUGAUGACACAGCCCAAGAUAUUGACGAGGUGUGGUUUUCUGGAGGCCAUGCUGAUGUUGGUGGAGGUUGGGAGAUCCAUGAAGGGAGUAAAAGCACCAGUCACAUCCCACUUGCGUGGAUCGUGAGAGAGGCGCAGAAAGCUGGUCUUCCGUUUGAUGAUGAGAAAGUUGCAGAAAUGGGAUGCUGUGUUGCCCAUGACUGGCAAGAUGCAACAGGAAGGCCUCCUAUUCCUAAUCUCCGAGUAUCAAGUGGUAGUGGGGUAGGCCAUGCACCAGACAUGCCGAUGGACGAGAAGACAAGAGAUCCCAAAGACGACUUCCAUGGGGUUAUGCAUGGCGCAUGCACUGCGAAGAUUCAUGACUCCUUAGAAUAUGGGCAAGGUCUCGGUGCUAUUGCCGUCACAGCUUGGAAGAUCAUGGAAUACCUGCCUUUCCGUAGGAUGGAUCUUCAGACCGACGGAUCAUGGAAGCCUAUCCGAUGGCCCCUCCCAGGUGGUGAAGUUCGCGAUAUACCUCAUACUAUCCGGGUUCACGGAAGCGUCAUCCGUCGUAUGAAAAUUGAUGAUCAAUAUCGUCCAGGAAAUUUAAUCAUUGGAGGUGGUGGUCGGGGUGUUAGAAAGGCCUCCGCGAUGCACGGUAUCGGUGAUUGGGAAUGUGUAGCUGAUCAUGGUGAUCCGGUUGGUGAAAUUUGGACAAGAAAGAAGAAAGACGACAGAUUCCGAGAUUAG